CUGGCUGGGAUCACAUAAUAACAAUGCCAAGCGAAGAUCAACAGUACCAUCCAGUUGCUGCUGCAGUAUUGGUUUGCUCGUUGGCCACUACACUGUUGUUUUGGGCAGGUAAGAAAAAACACGCAAAGGCCGCAAUGAAGGCCGAUCCAAAUGAAGUGGUUGUGGAGCUCUUGGGUGUCGAGAAGGUGUUGGCAGGUGGAGGAGGUGGAGACAAUGCCACAUCUACAUUGACAUGGUUCCAGGGAGACUACAGCCAAGUGGUUGAUUCCUUACGAGAGCGCACGGGCAAAAUCUUGGAGUUAAAUCCUUGGUUGGCUGGAAGAAUUGAAAAGCGCAAAGAGAAGAAUGGUGCUUACGCUUUGGUAUACAGCACUGCCAAGCAGGCAAGUGAUCUCCUUGCCACUCACUUUUGUUGUCAUGAAAGCAAUGAGCUCUUGUCGCGAGAUAUUCCCUUUGAUCAACUGGGAGCCAAAUGCUCAGAGCUUGAUCUCUAUGUGAAAGUGGGCCCAACGCUUCCACUUUGGAGGGUCCAUGUGAUCCCUUGCCACAAAGAUCCACACCAGAAAUUUGCCGUAGUCGUUUCCAUAUCGCAUGCACUUUCCGAUGGGCAUACUUUCUAUCGUUUGCACAACAUGCUCCUCAAUUCCAAGGAAACCAUUGAAGCUUUGCAGGUAGAGAGAAUUCUAACUACGGAACAAGAGCAGAUCAAAGUCAUGGGUGGAGAGCCAGAACAGAAAAUCCUCCAAUCCGCAGGAUUCAUUGUCAAUUGCGUCUAUGGAGUUCUUCACUCCUUGUGUACGAAAACCAAAACGGUUGGAAAAAUGCAUUUGAUCCAUCCCCAAGGAAUGGAGGAGGCCAAGAAGCAAGCCGCGAAAGUCAAUAACGACGUUGAGUUUGUCUCCUCCAAUGAUGUCAUUACGAGCUGGUUCCUUCAAAACUGUCGUUGCAAAUUUGGCAUGAUGGCACUCAACUUUCGCGGAGGACGUAUCGCAGGACACACGGAAACGCAUGCUGGCAACUAUGAAAAUGUCAUUUGCUACCGUCCACAAGAUUCGGCGACUCCUGCAUUGAUUCGUCAAUCGAUUCAACCACCCAUCUUUCGACGCCGUGUCACAAAUCAGGAGCCCCUGCCCGGCUUUUGGGGUCAGGCCAGUGGCUCGUUUGCCAUUGCUACCAACUGGGCAUCCUUUGCCAAACCAUGCUUCCUCGGUACCGAUUGCCACGAAGAAUUUCACAUGCCACUCUAUGAUCUGUCCAAGUUGAUUCCUUCUACCAUGGUGAUCCUGGUCAUUUUCCGAGCGGGACCUCGUGGGUUGGGCAUCUUGUAUGGAGGGUCGGAGGCCAAGGUGGCUGAUCUCCAAAAGGCGGUGCCCUUUCUUCACAGCGAACAGCUCUUGUCGUGAGGUAGAGAAAUGUCACCAUGCACAGAGUGCAGCCGGUGCUUUAGUACAAGCAUGGCUUAUUCUUGGUUCGCCCAAGUGAAGUCUUCGUUGGUGCAGACGAGUACAAUCAUAAUUGGCUACAGUUAUGGAUGUUUUUGGAUAAGGCAAGUUAAUUUUACAAACAAUUACUACUGC